CCAACUGUAAACACUCCGCUGCAGCAGGAGCAUCUUCCUCAGUGAUAGUCUGUCGAGUUAGCUUACAGGAUGAGUCAACGUUUAAUUUCCCCCUCUGUAAAGGUUAAUACUCUGAGGAGGUGUCAGUUUUUGUUGUAAAGUCUUUUUUCGGCGCUUUACAAGUCUGCAUUAAGUUACUGCUAUAAAGCUAAUCUUAGCUUCGGAGCUAGUUCCAGCUAGCAGACUGAGUAUCGUUAUCCAUCCAAAGCUGCAUCUUUUCGGCUAAAGACGACGCCACAUCUCCUCACUCGGUGUGUUUUUUAAUCUAAAACUGCUUCCCUCUCUGAGCUGAAAUGGUGGUUUCCUUGGUGAGCCUCUGUGCCAGGGAGGUGGUGAGUGACCACAGCUCGUCGCCCUGCUGGCUGAGAUGGGUGCCCAGAGAGCUGUACAGGGCGCUGCUGGAGGCCGCCUUCACCAGCCACAGACCGCUGGCUGUGGGUGAACUGGUGCAGAGGUGGCCCGAGAGGACUCUACGUGUCGGUGGAAGGAGGAAGCAGGGACAGAAUGCACCUAAUCGACUUUGUAUCCAGGCUCUGCUACUUGCAGUGGUUAGAGGACUGUCGGACAGGAGAUGUGCCUUGCAAGUACUGGACCUUUGUGGACUCCAAGGAGAUGAAGGAGCCAUGGGAGACCCAAUGGGAGGCUGGUCCCUAACUGUAGCCCUCUCCACCAUGGUGGUUCAGGCCAGAGCAGGAGCUCAGAGAGCACAGAGGAGAGAAGGAGAGCGGGAGAGAAAAAGAUUCUCUGCUCUGGAGAGGGAAAAGGAUGUGAAAAGAGAGAGGGGUCAGUGGAAGAGAGAAGGAGAUGGGGAGGGAGUGGAUAGGACAGAGCUGGGGGUGAAUAACAGAGAGAAUAUGGGAUCAAAUGUGACUGUGGGUGAGGAGGAGCUGAUUAAAGGAGUGAGGAGGAGGAUGGAGAUAGAGAGGAGGAGAGAAACUGCCUUGACAGGUUCAGGAGGAAGUAAGAAGGAGCCAGACGAUGUUAAUAGUGAGGUGUUGGUGCAUGUUAGAGCUGAUCUUUUUGUAAAUGCUCGCUCCUGGGAGCGUGUUCGUGCUGCUCUCAACACAUCAGGACCCCUCAAGCUUCAGUGCAGAUACCUACGCUUGGAGGAGAUCUCAGUGUCCAGUAUCAAGACUCUGCUUGACCUCCUGCCUCGACAGGGUUUCAUGGGCAUUGAUGUUCGCUACAGCAGCCUUGGGGUGGCUGGUUUGGUUGAGCUGCUGCCUCUGCUCUCCACCUUCCCUGCCUUGAGGUCUCUCCGCCUACAUUACUGCAACCUGGACUUUCGCAGAGACCACCUCGGUCAGGAAGAGGCACUCAGGGAUUUGUCUCAGGGUUUGGCUAAGCUGCAAGAACUGAGGCGUCUCAGUCUAACUGCUCUGAGACUUCCUGGACAGCUCCGUGUGCUACUAAGCUCUCUACCUCAGCCUCUGGAGAUUCUGGAGCUGCCGUAUUUAAGCCUGAGCCCUGCAGACCUCGCCUAUCUCUCCUGUGCCCAUCACGCCUCCACACUGCAGCAGCUCGAUCUAAGCGAGAACCGUCUAGAUGAAACCACCCUGCCCUCCAUCCGUCGCCUCCUCUGCCAGGCUUCCACUACCCUGCAGCAUCUCUCUCUCAGCGGCUGUGGCCUGACAGACGGCCUGCUGGCACUGCUGCUGCCCUCUCUGGGGGGCUGCUGCGCCCUCAAGAGCUUAGCUUUGGCUCUGAAUCCACUCUCCAUGGCUGGCCUCAUGGACCUGGUGAGGAUGGCUGUGAGGAUGCCCUCCCUACGUCACUUACUGUACCCAAACCCCCUGGAGGACUACCAGCCAGGCCUCCCUGAACUGCCUUCCAGUGCUCAGCUUUUAGACUGGCCGCUUGAUGAAGGUAUGCACAUCAACACGACCAGCAGUCAGCUCAACAGAGUGCUGACAGACAGCGGACGCUCUGGCCUCUUUCUGACCUGCGACCUGCUCAAUUAUGAUAAAGACUUGGUGGACUAGAGCAGAGGUGAAGCAAAGGACCCAGGUGCUUUUUUUAGUUUGCUCUCCUACAAAUAGAAGAGAAAUGUACUUGACAGUCAACUACCAUCUGUUUGAUUGUGCAACAUUCAUUUAUCUCUUUGUGGAUCCUUGAAUUUGUCAUGUGUUGGUUCUAUUAAAUCAAAAAAGUAGAGCCUUUAGUACAUGCAGACCUCAACUGAGGCUACAUGCAGUCAUUUUUUUAAUUCUUACAGCAGAAUCAGAAAAGACAAAUCAGAAGAUCAUUAAAAAUCGAAGUACUGGUGGGGCUACAAUUUGCCCCUUGUAAGAAAAAGAACUAAGCCAUGCUUUAAUAAAAUGGUGCUUUGUUACUUUAAGACACUGAUUACCAGCUGGUUUUGUAUCAGACAUUGUUGCUUUAUCAUCAGCUGUUUGCUGUAAGCUGUUUCCCUUGUGCCUUUACAUUUCAUCUAUCCUAUUCAAGUACAAUAUUUGCUGAACUUUUAUGUCUGAAGGCUUUACAUCCACAGCUACAUCGUCAAGUUUGACAGAGGGCAAUAUUUCUGAAUGUAUGUUUACUCAAUAAUUGCAUUUCUUUCCAUAACUAGUAAAUGAAUGUUACUAAGAUAUACUUUUGUGUAUAUUCUCUGAAAAAUUUUGAUUUUUUUUGGCUUUGUUUACCAUGCAAAGUACUUUGAAUGUCAAUUCAAGUUCCAUUAUGUUUUUUUUUCCUAUUAAUUCACUUUGAAUCAUAUCUGAAGACAGUCAUCUGGAAAUACAUGUACCAAAUCUGCUAUAAGACACAUUAAAUCAUAUAUACAGCAAAAAUUCAGAAUAAAUUGGUCAAAAGGCAACAUUUAAGAGUCAUUUCAUUCAGUAUUUCAGAAAU